AGUCGGAAUACUCCUGCGAUUACGUCUGAACUACCAUACAACCGAUAUCCGGGGGUAGCGCACGGCUUAUGGUGCCGACGAAACAGUAUAAAACGUCUUCGGAGACCGCAUAGGAAUCCAGCACCAAGAAGAUCUCGCCCAUCUCUUCAUCAUGCUCUACCCACGUCUCGUUGUCGUCUUCUUCUCACUCUUACUCCUGCUCGUCGGUGCAACACCUACACCAAAGAAUGCCUUCGACGUCUCCGUCAGAGCUGAUGAUAAAGCAUCCAGUGCCCAGGAGGUUUUAGCCAACUUCAAGGCCUCUGCCGACCCUAUCCUUGGCCAAAUCAAUUCCAUGAUGUCAAAUGGAGCCGCGACAAAGGAGAACAUCACCCCAUUGCUAAAGGAGCUUACCGGUGCCAUCAACCAAGCCAGCCAGCAUGCGUCUUCUCUUCAAGCUCGCGGGCUCAUCACAAGGAAACGGUCUCUCGGCGAUGUCGUGGCUCUAGCAGUUACCAUCCUGACGGCCAUCAACGCUACCCUCUUGAGCCUCAUCGCGUCAGGUUUGGGUCUUGGAAGUUUGAUAACGGUUGUUGUGGGUGCGGUGGGGAACCUACUUGGGCUGCUUGAAGCCCUCGUGCCUGGGUUGCUCGCGCUUGUCUUGCCUCUGCUCACGGGUAUAGCGGGACCCCUCUUAGGCGUGGUUUCUGGUCUUUUGGGUAUUCUUUAGAACAUGAUAGUUCGAUUUUUGUUAUUCCAUACGAAGCUGUUUUAGUUAUGGAUCUUUCACAUGGACAUUUUGUACUCCUCUUCUGCAGCGAAUCGUUGAGAGUAGGAUUGAUAGGUCCUAACAGAAUAGAAUACACGCGGAAGGCUUGAUACUUCACGUGCUACGGUAUCUCGUUUACGUGAAUAUGUUGUCACAAUCGUAUACAUGGUACAGCAACAGG